GUGGCUUCAUUCAUACAGAUGAACCAAGGAUUGGGACAGCAGUGUAAGCCCAGAUAGUCAGAUAGCUGACUGCCAAGCAGGAUGCCAUCAACUAGCCGAGCGGGCAGCCUGAAGGACCCAGAAAUCGCCGAGCUCUUCUUCAAAGAAGAUCCAGAGAAGCUCUUCACUGAUCUAAGAGAGAUAGGACAUGGGAGCUUUGGAGCCGUGUAUUUUGCACGGGAUGUGCGCACCAAUGAAGUGGUGGCCAUCAAGAAAAUGUCUUAUAGUGGAAAGCAGUCCAAUGAGAAAUGGCAGGACAUAAUUAAGGAAGUCAAGUUUCUACAGAGAAUAAAGCAUCCCAACAGCAUAGAGUACAAAGGCUGCUAUCUGCGAGAGCACACGGCAUGGCUUGUAAUGGAAUAUUGUUUAGGAUCAGCCUCAGACUUACUAGAAGUUCACAAAAAGCCAUUACAAGAAGUGGAAAUAGCAGCAAUCACACAUGGUGCUCUCCAGGGUUUGGCCUACUUACAUUCUCACAAUAUGAUCCAUAGAGAUAUCAAAGCAGGAAAUAUCCUCCUGACAGAGCCAGGCCAGGUGAAACUCGCUGACUUUGGAUCUGCUUCCAUAGCAUCUCCUGCCAAUUCAUUUGUGGGGACACCAUAUUGGAUGGCCCCAGAAGUAAUUUUAGCCAUGGAUGAAGGGCAAUAUGAUGGCAAAGUAGAUGUGUGGUCUCUUGGAAUAACUUGUAUUGAGUUAGCGGAAAGGAAGCCUCCUUUAUUUAAUAUGAAUGCAAUGAGUGCCUUAUAUCAUAUAGCUCAGAAUGAAUCUCCUACAUUACAAUCUAAUGAAUGGUCUGAUUAUUUUCGCAACUUCGUAGAUUCUUGUCUUCAGAAAAUUCCUCAAGAUCGGCCUACAUCAGAUGAACUUCUCAAGCACAUGUUUGUUCUUCGUGAGCGCCCUGAAACAGUGUUAAUAGACCUCAUUCAGAGAACCAAGGAUGCAGUGAGAGAGCUGGACAACCUGCAGUAUCGGAAAAUGAAGAAACUCCUUUUCCAGGAGGCACAUAAUGGGCCUGCUGUAGAGGCACAGGAAGAAGAAGAGGAGCAAGAUCAUGGUGUUGGCCGAACAGGAACAGUGAAUAGUGUUGGCAGUAAUCAGUCCAUUCCCAGUAUGUCUAUCAGUGCCAGUAGCCAAAGCAGUAGUGUUAACAGUCUUCCAGAUGCCUCAGAUGACAAAAGUGAACUAGAUAUGAUGGAGGGGGACCAUACAGUGAUGUCCAAUAGCUCCGUCAUCCAUUUAAAACCUGAGGAAGAAAAUUAUAGAGAAGAGGCAGAUCCAAGAACCAGGGCAUCCGAACCACAAUCUCCACCCCAACAAGUGUCUCGCCAAAAGUCACAUUACCGUAAUCGAGAACACUUUGCUACUAUCCGCACAGCAUCAUUGGUUACCAGGCAGAUGCAAGAACAUGAGCAAGACUCAGAGCUGAGAGAACAGAUGUCCGGCUACAAGCGCAUGAGACGGCAGCACCAGAAGCAGCUGAUGGCACUGGAGAACAAGCUGAAGGCCGAGAUGGACGAGCACCGCCUCCGGCUGGACAAAGACCUCGAAACACAGCGCAACAACUUUGCUGCGGAGAUGGAGAAGCUCAUUAAGAAACACCAAGCAGCUAUGGAGAAGGAGGCUAAGGUGAUGGCCAAUGAAGAAAAGAAAUUCCAACAACAUAUUCAAGCACAGCAGAAAAAAGAACUGAACAGCUUUUUAGAGUCCCAGAAGAGAGAGUACAAACUGCGCAAAGAGCAGCUUAAGGAGGAGCUGAAUGAAAACCAGAGUACCCCAAAGAAAGAAAAGCAAGAGUGGCUGUCCAAACAGAAGGAGAACAUCCAGCAUUUCCAAGCAGAAGAGGAGGCUAACCUCCUGAGAAGGCAGAGGCAGUACCUGGAGUUGGAGUGCCGUCGCUUCAAGAGAAGGAUGCUGCUUGGCCGCCACAAUUUGGAGCAGGACCUUGUCAGAGAGGAGCUAAAUAAAAGGCAGACCCAGAAGGACUUGGAGCAUGCCAUGCUGCUGCGACAGCACGAGUCCAUGCAGGAGCUUGAGUUCCGCCACCUCAGCACCAUUCAGAAGAUGCGCUGUGAGCUGAUCAGGCUGCAGCACCAGACAGAGCUCACCAACCAGCUGGAGUACAACAAGCGGCGAGAGCGUGAGCUGAGGCGCAAGCACGUCAUGGAGGUUCGGCAGCAGCCCAAGAGUCUGAAGUCUAAAGAAUUGCAAAUAAAGAAGCAGUUUCAAGAUACCUGCAAGAUCCAGACCAGACAAUACAAAGCCUUGAGGAACCACUUGUUGGAGACCACACCAAAGAGUGAGCACAAAGCAGUUCUCAAGCGUCUCAAGGAGGAACAGACUCGGAAACUGGCCAUUCUCGCGGAGCAGUAUGAUCACAGCAUUAACGAAAUGCUCUCCACACAAGCUCUGCGUUUGGAUGAGGCCCAGGAGGCAGAGUGCCAGGUCUUAAAGAUGCAGCUGCAGCAGGAGCUCGAGCUGCUCAAUGCAUAUCAAAGCAAGAUCAAGAUGCAGGCUGAGGCCCAGCAUGACCGGGAGCUCCGAGAGCUGGAGCAGAGGGUCUCCCUCCGAAGGGCACUCUUGGAACAAAAGAUUGAAGAAGAAAUGUUGGCCUUGCAGAACGAACGCACGGAGCGAAUACGAAGCCUGCUAGAGCGUCAAGCCAGAGAAAUCGAAGCUUUUGACUCUGAGAGCAUGAGGCUGGGCUUUAGUAAUAUGGUCCUUUCCAAUCUCUCCCCUGAGGCAUUCAGCCACAGCUACCCUGGAGCUUCGGGUUGGUCCCACAAUCCCACUGGGGGGCCAGGCCCUCACUGGGGUCAUCCCAUGGGCGGCCCCCCUCAAGCUUGGGGCCAUCCGAUGCAAGGCGGACCCCAGCCAUGGGGUCAUCCCUCGGGGCCAAUGCAAGGGGUGCCUCGAGGCAGCGGCAUGGGAGUCCGCAACAGCCCCCAGGCUCUGAGGCGGACGGCUUCUGGGGCGGACAGAGCAGGGUAUGAGCAGGAGCACAAGUGUUACUUCACAAAUAUCCAAUGGUUCACACAUGUCUUAUACAUAACUCCAACAAGAAUCGUGCGUGGCAAUUCCACUGGAGCUGUCUGCCAAAAGCAACUGCCGCCUCCAGACAUCAUCACCACAGCCAUGUCAUGUGGGCGCUGCAGUGUGGGAUCUGAGUGCAUAUGGAAUAGUUUGUUCAUUUUGUAAAGCGUUCCGUUCUGUGUUUACUAAUGGGAUGUCAUCAUAUUUGGCGGCUGGGUGUGGUUUUUUGUUUUGUUUUGUUUUUAUUACUUUGGGGAGGGGGUGGGACUGGAGCUGGGAAUGGUAUGGGUGAAAAACCCCUCUGUAUGUAAUGGAAGGCAUUCACCAGAAGGGGCGUUUUCUGAAUGCAGUCCAGGGGGCUUGUCUUGCCACUUCCUGGGUGCCUCAAUCCUCAGAGGCUUAAUGGAAGGUUUGGAGCCUUCCUGGUUUCCCACAAUUCUACAGAGCUGCUUGUGGCAGGCAGUGUGUGUUUGCUAAGCUAGAUUAGCAUGUGGGCCAGAUCUGCAUUCCCUCCCAGGUUAUAAUUUUUGUUAAAUCGGCCUGGCCCCUCAGGCAUCCCCAGAGCAGGAGGAAAGGGGGCACAUCCGCAGACACCAAAGGUUUCCAGGGAGCUGCCCAUUUCUAGGAGUCAGAAGCAGGUUUGCCUGGUUUUUAUUUAUUUGGGGGAGGAGCUGCAUGGGCUUGUUAGCGGUCCAGACCAUCCUGCUGUGCUCUAUGUCCAGGGGUUUGUUUAAAUCAGGAGGCAGUUAUACCACCUAAUCUUUGGGCCUUCAAAGUGAAAAGACUCAAUUCUGGUGUCUUUUCCCCCUCUUCCAGUCCAUGUGGUGGUUUUCCAGCAUGAGUGGGGACAGGUAAAGGCUGAAAAUACUGCACAUGGGCUGCUUUUCCCAUUGUAGCUGAGGACCCAGAGCACUCUAGAGCCCCGGCUCAUCCUCGGGCUCCCUUCUUGAAAACAAAAGAUCCGGAGCCAAUGUAUGCCUAAGGCCGGAUGUGUUUGAAGGACACCAUGUUUGCAAACUGCUGCCUGUUGGCAUUCUUCCCACACUACACAUACCCAGAUGUGAUCCCCUCCUUUGGCUUGUUGCAACGUCCUGUUUACAUGUAGUGUAGCCAAUUGUCUCGGUGUCUAGUUGCCAUACAGAGUGUACCAGGAGUCGCUGAGCCAACGACUUUGACCAGCUGCUGACUAACCCCCAUCACCACUGUAGAUGGGCUGCAUGGGGCAGCCCCUUUGUGCUCUUUGCAAUUGCUGUUUCCAAUGCUGCACUGCUCUACAACUUUCCCAUUCGUUGAGGCUUUGUGAUCUUUUGGUAGCAGGUUAACCUCCCCCCCCCCCCCCCCC